AAGAAUUUCCCUGUUAUUAAAUUGGGUUGCCACUCUUUGCAUUUAGCUCACAAUUGACAGUAGUUGUGGCUGAACAAAGAACCUCUCUUAUUUGAUGAUCUCCAAAGAAAAUUGUAUUAUAAACUUCUGAUCGGAAGUUAAAAAUGGAGGGAUUAAUAACAAUCUAAAUUCAGGGCAGGCCUGAGGAGGAUUGGAGGAGGUAGCCUUUUUGGUUGCCUAGUUGGACGGAAAACAGCUUUUGCAAGCCAGCUGAUUUUUUUUACUUUUAGCUGAGACCAAAUGAUUAAAAAGUUUUCUCAUAGGCCCCACCCACCACUACACACAAAAGAAGAACAUGAAAUUGGGCAGUUAGAUAUAAAGCUUUUAUUAACACAGUAACAAGCAGUUUCAUUUGAUUUGUGAAAUCAAUGUCCUUUCUCACUGUUUGUUAAGGAUAGGCUUUUUUUUCUUUUUUUUUUUAAAGAGAGAAAGUAAAAGAAAGACAGUCAAUGAAAGAGAGAGAGGAAAGAGCAAAAGAAAGAGAUAAACACAGUGGAUUAUGAAUUCUGGUUGCAUGUUUUUGGAUUCUUCUGCUCCCCCAAGUAAAUGUAAAAUGUGCAUUUGAUGUAAAGGAGUCAGCUUGCUUUUGUUUGUGUUGCAAUUAAGAGAGAGAGAGAGAGAGAGAAAGGCCCAUUCUUUUAGCUGGUUUUUACUUUUUAGUUGUUUCAUGGAGCUGUGGAUUUUGGGUUGAUGCAGGGAUUUUUUAUAUGCUAUGUUUUGUUUCAGUUAAACCCUUUUGGUUCUUGUUUCUUCAAGUGUCUCGUUUGGGGAGGGUUUUCCUUGUUAAUUCUUGGGAUCUGGGUUUUGGGGGUUGUAGGGCUUCAGUUGUUCAGCCUUUGACUCAACAGUCUCUUCAUUGGGUUCCCUUCCAAGCUUUUGUCUUUCAUAUACUUUUCUUAAAAAAAAUGGGGCUUUGACUUUCUUGUAUACUUCCAAUCCUGGGUUCUUUUCUGUGGGUUUUGCACCUGAAUUUAUUUUUUUUUUUUGGUUUUGAACUGAUCCUGAGAUGCUUUUUUUUUUCACUGAUUGAAGCCUGAGAAUUGUUGCUUGAUUUGUUUACCCUUUAACAUUUUUGGUUCCUUAUGGGCUGUUUCUCUCUCAAUUAAAUCCUUUUUAGUUGAAUUUUAGGGCUUUCUUGAUCUGGUACAAGAUUCCUCCUUGUGCUUUGAGUUCUAGGGUUUAAAAAUUGAACCCACUUAGUUAAAAAAGUAGGGUUUUUGUUAGAUGUGUUAAAAACUCUCUUUUUUUCGUGGUGAAUAUUGAGCUAGUCUUCUUCCUGGGUUUUGUCUCAAAUUUUGCCGCUUUGAUGCAUCUUUCACUGUGGAAACCCAUAUCUCACUGUGCUGCUCUGAUCUUAGACAAGAAGAGCAGGAGAAGAGAUGGGUCUGAAUCAGCUGCUGAAAUCAAGAACCCUUCUAUUCUCCGGAAGCUACAUGAGAACAAGCUCAGGGAAGCUCUUGAAGAAGCAUCUGAAAAUGGGUCAUUGUUCAAGUCCCAGGACAUGGAACCUGAUUCUCUAGCCAAUCAAGAUGAGAGCUUGGGACGAUCAAGAUCCCUUGCAAGACUCCAUGCUCAGCGUGAAUUCUUGCGAGCUACCGCUCUUGCUGCGGAGCGUAUAUUUGAGAAUGAAGAUUCUAUGCCUGAUGUCCGUGAGGCUUUCAAUAAGUUCCUCACAAUGUACCCAAAAUACCAGUCAUCAGAGAAGAUUGAUCAAUUGAGGUCAGAUGAGUAUGCACAUUUGUCACCAAAGGUAUGCCUUGAUUAUUGUGGAUUUGGGCUUUUCUCUUAUGUUCAGACUUUGCAUUACUGGGAGUCCUCUACAUUUAGCUUGUCCGAGAUUACUGCAAAUUUGAGUAAUCAUGCACUUUAUGGUGGUGCCGAGAAAGGCACUGUGGAAUAUGACAUAAAGAGCAGGAUAAUGGAUUAUUUGAACAUCCCUGAACAUGAGUAUGGCCUUGUGUUUACUGUAAGUAGGGGGUCUGCGUUUAAGUUGCUGGCUGAUUCAUAUCCUUUUCACACGAAUAGGAAAUUGUUGACCAUGUUUGAUUACGAGAGUCAAUCAGUGAAUUGGAUGGCUCAGAGUGCUAGGGAAAAGGGUGCAAAAGUUUACAGUGCUUGGUUUAAAUGGCCAACCCUUAAACUUUGUUCUACUGAUUUGAGAAAGUUGAUUUCGACUAAGAAGAGGAAGAAGAAAGAUUCCGCUACUGGUCUUUUUGUUUUUCCUGUGCAGUCUAGGGUAACGGGCGCCAAGUAUUCAUACCAGUGGAUGGCAUUGGCUCAGCAGAACAAUUGGCAUGUCUUGCUUGAUGCUGGGUCAUUGGGUCCCAAAGACAUGGAUUCACUUGGUCUGUCCUUGUUUCGUCCGGAUUUCAUUAUCACAUCAUUCUACAGGGUGUUUGGAUAUGAUCCAACUGGCUUUGGGUGCCUUCUUAUAAAAAAAUCAGUCAUGGGAAGCCUUCAGAACCAGUCUGGAUCUACUGGUUCUGGAAUGGUGAAAAUUACCCCUGAGUAUCCUCUCUAUCUGAGUGAUUCUGUAGAUGGUCUUGACGGAUUGGGUGGAAUUGACGACAAUGAUGUUGGUGCAAAUGGUGAUAAGCCCUCUGAAAACCGUCCAGGAACACAGUUGCCUGCCUUUUCUGGUGCCUUCACGUCUGCUCAGGUUCAGGAUGUAUUCGAGACAGAAAUGGAUCAAGAUAAUAGUUCUGACAGAGAUGGAGCUAGCACCAUACUUGAAGAAACUGAGAGCAUUUCUGUAGGAGAAGUGAUGAAAAGCCCUGUCUUCAGUGAAGACGAGUCAUCAGACAACUCAUUCUGGAUUGAUUUGGGCCAGAGUCCAUUGGGGUCUGAUAGUGCAGGUCAGUUGAAUAAACAGAAAAUUGCCUCCCCUUUGCCACCUUUUUGGUUUAAUGGCAGGAAGAACCACAGGCAGCUCUCUCCAAAGCCAACAUCAAAGAUAUAUGGCAGCCCAAUAUAUGAUGAUAAAGAUGUUAACCUGGGUCAUGAUCAUCAUCAUGUGUUAUCAUUUGAUGCUGCUGUUCUAUCAGUUUCACAGGAACUGGAUCGUGUGAAGGAGAUUCCUGAAGAAGAAAAAUUUGCAGGAACAAGCAUCACCUCACGAAAUCAUAAGAAGGCUUCAGACCAUUCACAUCUUCUGGAAAUCAAGGAAGAACAGGGUACCAGUAAAUCACUGUCUGUGGGGUCCGUAUCUAGUUCUGCUAUAAAUGGUGCUCGCCUCAAUAAUUCUUCUGUCUUUCGGAAUAAUGGCCUAGCAAAUGGCUCAACUACUGAAAUUUCCUCAGAGAUUAAAGAGAGUGCCAUAAGAAGAGAAACAGAAGGUGAAUUUAGGUUGUUGGGGAGGAGGGAAGGAAAUAGGUAUAAUGGUGGUAGAUUUUUCGGGUUAGAAGAUGAACAUCCUAGCAGGGGAAGAAGGGUAUCAUUUAGUAUGGAAAAUAGUCGUAAAGAGCAUCUGAGUCAUACUUUGGAGCCAGGAGAAGUGUCUGUGACCAGCCUUGAUGAUGAAGACUACACCAGUGAUGGAGAAUAUGGUGACGGGCAAGAUUGGGACAGGAGGGAGCCUGAGAUAACUUGUCGGCAUCUUGAUCAUGUUAAUAUGUUGGGGCUGAAUAAAACCACUCUUAGAUUACGGUUUUUGAUUAAUUGGCUUGUAACCUCAUUACUGCAGCUCAAAUUACCUAAUUCAGAUGGUGAUGGCAGAGUGAAUCUUGUUCACAUUUAUGGCCCAAAAAUAAAAUAUGAAAGGGGUGCAGCUGUGGCUUUCAAUGUGAGGGAUAGAAAUGGGGGACUCAUUAAUCCUGAGAUUGUACAGAAGUUGGCUGAAAGAGAAGGCAUCUCUCUUGGUAUUGGUUUCCUCAGUCACAUACGAAUAUUAGAUAGCCCACGACAAAAGCGAGGGGCUUUAAACCUUGAAGAUACAACCCUGUGCAGACCAAUGGAAAAUGGACGGCAUGACGGGAAAUGUGGAUUCAUAAGAGUUGAGGUCGUCACAGCUUCUCUUGGCUUCCUGACUAAUUUUGAGGAUGUCUAUAAGUUGUGGGCUUUUGUGGGAAAGUUCCUUAACCCAUCAUUCAUCAGAGAGGGUACACUUCCAACCGUUGCAGAAGAAGAAUCAGAGACAUAACUUCUGAAAUCAAGCAAUUGAAAAUCAUUUGCAAAAUAAUCCGGGAGUCUGAGUCGAAGAUUUAGUAGACCCUGGAUAGGAUUUGGAGGUAUUUGUAUAUGCAUGGCUUGCUCUUCCUCAAGACUCUCGGAUGCAAGCAGGUGAAUUUGUUAAUUCAUGUUUGUUGUUGCUUGAAAUUUUCUUUCUCUUUUUGGGUUUGCUCUUGUAGAGUUGGUUUUAGAAAUAUGUACCAUUUUGAAUGUUACCAUACCUCAAAGCAGAAGCAUAUGGACACAACUGUUAGCACUUAGCAUUCUGCUUUUGGUUUAUACACAUUUCAUUUUUCUUCUCUGUAAAAAGAUGUAGCUAAUUUUACCUUCUGCAUUUCAAAUGCACUCACUACGAUACUGAUUUGUCUAUUUGUUGUUGUUGAACCCUUUUGCAUUUGAUUUAAGUCUGGAAAGACAAGAUUUAAAU